UGCACGGACACGGACAGCUGCGCGCGCACGCGAAAGAGAGAGAGAGAGAGAGAGAGAGAGAAAGAAAGCGCGCGCACCGUCCCGGGUUGAAACGAUAAAGCGUCAAGCUCACAGAAAUUUGAUUUGAGAGUGUCUAAAAGGAUUUCCGUGCUGAAGAAGACACAGAAUACUGCUUGGAAGACUUUGUUCAAGUUUAAAGCAAAACUACGUGACAUUCACGCGCUCGGUGAGUCGACUCAGAUUUGUUGAAGCAAGAAAAAAAAACUAAUUAAGCUAAAAAGAAGAAAGGCAGCAGAGAACGUACAGAAAAGCAGCAGGUCUCUGAGAGAACAAGUGACCACAGCAAGAAGGAACCGCAAGAGGGAGAGGAACAGAUUCAUAUUCCCUGGGCCGAGUGUCAGCAGCAACAUGAAGCCCUUCCUCCGUCUGCUGCUACCCCUGCUCCUCUAUCUGCAGUUGGCAUCCUGGGCAUUGGCCAGUAAAUGUCCAAAAGACUGCUCCUGUUCAAGUCCAGACUCCAUUCUCUGUUAUACACGCCAGGCCACAAGCAUGCCUUCUGAUGUGCCUGCAUCAACAAAAAACCUGUAUGUCUUCAAGAAUGGCAUUGAGACCCUAGACCAGGAAGAUUUUAUUGGGUUGGAAAGUCUAGAAAUGCUGGACCUAAGUCAGAACAAGCUGAAGGAACUGCCAGAUCGUGUGUUUGAGCCACUAUCUUCUCUACGUAACCUGGAUCUUUCAUCUAACCAAAUCACCCAUAUUUCUCAAGAGAGUUUUGCUGGACUGGAGUUGCUGGAAAGGCUGUAUCUUCACAGCAAUACCAUAAAGAGCAUACACCCUUCAGCCUUUGAUGGUCUAGAGCAGUUACUUGAGUUAAAACUGUACAGAAAUGAGCUGACGACAGUACCUGCACUUAAAAUGCCCCAUUUGCUUCUACUAGAUCUUCGGUUCAAUAAAAUCCCUUCGCCAGGGCCAACUGACCUUCAGACACCCAAAUUAGAGUCACUCAAGUUAGGUGGAUUAGGGUUGAGCACCCUGAGCCAGGAACUCCUGGGGAGCUUCAAGAACCUUCAUGAGCUGGAUAUUUCAAACAAUCGACUAAAGGAUUUUCCUCCAGUGCUGUGGGAGGCAAGGGGCUUAGUCAAGCUCAGUUUAGCUGGCAAUCCCAUGGGUCCUUUAAAGUGGGAACGUUUUGAGAACCUGACUGAGCUUCAGGAUUUGGACAUCAGCAACCUCAGCCUGCAGAGUUUGCCUGAUAAUAUGACCCUGAUUUUCCCUCACAUGAAAAAACUUACUGUUGCAGAGAAUCCCUUCAACUGCCUCUGCACACUGGCCUGGUUUCCUAGCUGGCUGCGUAAUAAACAAAUACUUCUGGGAAGGACAGAGGAGACCCGCUGUCAUUUCCCACCCCGAAAUGCAGGAAAGGUGCUGGAAAGACUAGGACAUCAUGACUUUGGAUGCCCUGCAAGGACUACCAUCAGUCCAGCGAAGACCACCACACUGGCUCCACCUCUGAUCACCACUUUGCAUAGCACAAUGCGCGCAAUUCCCCCUUUUAAGCCCAGCGAUGAUCCUUCUUCAGAGACAGACCGUCAUCCUCUACCUCCAGUCCCAGCUUCCCCAAGCAGUGGUACGGACUCGGAUCUGAACAUGGGUUUUUGUCCAGCCAAUAUCUGCCUAAAUGGAGGCACAUGUUGGCUGGAUCUUCAGGGUCACUUUGAGUGCACUUGUCCUCGUGGGACUUCAGGGAAAUAUUGUGAGAAUGAGGAGGAUUUGGCUGUACCUGAAAAUGUCUCUACCGCAACAGUCAGCGUGAUGUCUGAAAUCUUUGCACAAACAGUAACAAGCUCAUCCAUACUGCUGGACCUUUAUCGCUACAUUGACAGGCGUCCUUAUAUCCGCGGAGUCAAACUAACUUAUAGAAACCUCUCCGGAUCAGAUAAACGUCCAAAGCAACUCAACAUUCCCGCCUCUUAUCCAGAGUAUACACUGCGUGGACUGCUUCCUAAUUCCACAUAUUCCAUCUGUGCCAGUCCACUGGAUGAGCCCAGUGACGUAGACAGUGAAUGCACAGAGGCUCAGACAUUAAGCCAGCAGCACAGCAGUGCACAAGUAGAGGAUCCACAGCUUACAACAAUGCUUGUGCCAGCAAUGGCUAUUCUUCUCCUGUUAGUGCUGGUGGCUGUCGCUGUCGGUGUAGCUUGGUACAUGCAUAGAAAAAAACAAGCACAGUUACACCUGUAUUGUGACCCUUCACAUUUGGAAUUGGAGGGUGUUAAAGUAGGUUUGGACAAUGGAGCCCUGCCCCAAAAGCAGCCAGACAUAACAUCCUCUCAAUCGACAGCGCAGAAAGAUUACUUGGACUAUGAGAUGCCACUCAUACAAGACUGCUGUGUUGCAAACAACAUGAACACUGUAAAGCCAUCCUGAGUUUGAUACUUGGGUCUGUUUUAAAGGGCAUGGCAAGCUUGAAUUCUAUGACCUUGUCUCCACAGUUUCAGCCAAAGAAACAAAAAGACAGAGAUAGUGAGAAGUGCUGCCUGUUUAAGUGUCUUCAAUCAAAACCAAAAACGGUAUUUUUUGGCAAAAAUGUAGCAGAAAAAUUGAUGGUUGAACCAUUUUAGACAAUAUUUCGCUAAGUAUGGAACUCAAGAGCAGUUGUACUUGGUGAACAUUAUCCAACCCGUGUGCUGGAAAGUGAAGAUAAGGACAUUUUUUUUUUACUUAAAGACUGAUAAUUGUGUUGCUUUUAAUUGUGAGACAUAAAGUCAAGACCUUCAUGCAUUUUUAUGCAUAUUACUGUUUGAAUAGUUUGUGUGUUUCGGUAUAUAAAUACAAGUUGUUCUUCUUUUCCUUCCUGUGAAUACAAAGCAGACAACAAAAUCCCAAAUUCUUUGAAGAUUUAAACCUGCUUAAACCAACAAUCAAAGGAUUGUUUCGGCAAAGACAAUCUAAGUUGCUAAAAGUCAGUGUAGACGUGAAACUAACUAAAUUCACCUCUUAUAUUUGAGUAUGGAUUUUAGUCUCCGUUCUCCAAAGUGGAUCUCCAGAAACAAGGGUUACGAAAUUUAAAAAAGGUAAAUAUUCUACUGCUAUCCCCAUCAGUACAUUUGGUACAUUUAUUUUAUUAUCUGCAUCAGACAGGUGUAAAAGUUUUAUCAUUUGUUUAUUCCCUGUUUCUCAAACACCAUGAAAGAUCCUGUUGUAACAUAUAUUUCAAAUGAAUGUAUAUUUUCCUACCAAUGUUUCAGUGAGUACUGUUUCUGUAUUAUAAUAUUUAAAGAGAAAAAGAGACAUUAGCUACAUAACUCAUUUAUGGUGUCUAUUGUGGUGUCAUUUGUGUCCCUCUAAUGGUAAAUAUGUAUAUAAAGUAACGGUAAAAUACAUUUUUAAUAUGGGUAAAGUGGUAUAGCACUCUCUGCUUUGAAAUAUAAUUGUGAAGAAGUUCAAAAAUCAUAUGUUUGCAUUCAUGUGCAAAUCAAUUUAACAUCUUGUGCUUGAACCUUUUCUAUGAAUUAUAGGGUUAUGAAACAUAUCCAUUUUAUUUGUGUUCACUUAAUCUGUUACCUGAACACAUUCACCUUGAAGAAAUAGCUGGAAUAUUCCAUAAGUCACAUGUUCAGUAGGAGGUUACAUCAUUUCCUGAGGACUAUGUGAAGAAGAAAAUGAAGUUCUUUUGUGAUCUCCCCCCCAGUUUUCAAUGACAUUAUUAUAUUGACUCGGGAGAUCUCUUUGAAUGAACAACCACGUGACCCAAAUUACAGAAUGUUAAUGUCUUCGUGUCAUUAGCAUGGAUGCUAGCUAACCAAAUUUUGUCUAUUUGCUAAUUCUAUGGUAAAAAGAAAACCACACACACAAGCCUAGUACGGUAUUUAUGUCAGCAACAAAAUGUCAAAUUGGCCGUUGUCUGAGAAUGGUUAAUACACUUUUUUGAAUGGAUAGAUGCAUAUUUCCAUAGCUUUAAUGUAAAAAAUUCAAACUUUAAGAAAAAACAUUUUAAGGGUUACAAAAAAAUUUUUAAAAAUAAAUGGCACUACAGUUGUUAAAUCACCACAAUCAAGUUCUUUUCCUGCUUAAACACACCUGAUGUGACCUGUUCAUUAACUACCAGGUUGAAUCGGUGUGUUAGAGCAUAGAAACCACCAACAUAUCCAGACCUAAUUUUAAUAUAAGUAUAUUACUUGAAUGAGCAGUGAUUCUGGAUGGAAAGACAAUAUAGACGCAUAUAAUCUCUUUUUAAAACUACAUGCAACAACAACUAAAAUGAUAGGAAAGAAAGGAAGAUGUGUCGAUUUGUUGGUUUACCUCAGUGAGGAAUUGCAUUAUUGUUUAAGCGAUAGCUUUUCACUCGAUUCAUUUAAACAUCAGAAGUAAUAUACACUCAUGCAAACAUAGUUUCCGAUUGAGGAUUUGACUGAGAUGGAUAUGUCAUUUAAAGUUACGCUGGUCAGUGGAUAUAAACACCCAAACUGGAAAACAAGUAUGAACUGUAUGAAAACAUUGGAAAUAUUUCUGAAUAUUUUCAAUAUGCAUGUUUGUUUUUCCCUAUUUUUGGGAAGCUCUUUAUUUGUGUACUGGUCCUUUUAAAAAGUGUACAUAUUUGUA